AACCAAAUUUGAAUUGAUUUUGCCACUCCUACCCUCCAUGGGUUUCAGGUUUCGACUUGAAUCGAAGUGUUCCGGAUUCAAAUACAUUUAGAUUCCUACGAACAAACAGAGUUGCAUUCCCUCUUCCCCGCUUUAUUAACUUUGUGAAUAGCAAAAGCAAAAGUUUGUCCAAGAAAUAUAAUUUCAUUCCCUUGAGGACUGAAGUAAAAUUUAUCAAAUCACAGGGGCAGAAACCUCAAACUUUCGUUGUCAAAGGGUUCGAUUAAACCAACAAAAAGUUCCCUGGUGAGGACAACACAGUUGAAUGGGAGAUUUUGCAGAAAGCCCUCUCCCCUAUUGAGAGAACUAAGCAAUUUUCAUUGACCCCUAAACAGCAAGCAGCUUUCAUUUUCCCUAUCUAUAUAUAUUCAGCUACUGAGGAAUUUAUCAUCUCUGUGUUGUUGAGUUUGUGCUUUACCUGAAUCUAAAUCUGCCCCAGCUGUUUCACCACUGUAAAAUGUCGAAAUCAUCGUCUUCAAAGUUCGUUCUGAGUAACCUUUAUCACUACAUUUUAACAAAACCCCAUCAAUUUUCAAACCCAAAUGCUACUUCAAGAACUGGUAUAUCUCAUUUCCUUUCUAGUCAUUCCAAGAUAAUCGAAAAACCUUUUGUUAAUCCAUUAGGGGUUUCGAAUUUACAGAGAAACCAUUUUUCGUCUUCACUAUUCCCGCGGGUUUUGCAAAGCCCUAGUAAGAAGAAGUUAGACCCAGACGGUAAAUUGUUAGGGUUUAGGUAUUUGUCGAUGAAGAGUUCUGGAUUGGGUUCGAAAAUGAGUGGGAAAAAUGUGUUGAAGAAUCCGGUUGGAGAUGCUAAGGAGAGGGCUAUGCGAUACAAGGGUGCUGUGGGUUUGCAGCUUGAGGCAUUUUGGAAGAGGAAUUCGUUAGUGUUAUUUGGUGCUGCAGGUGUUAUGGUGUGCAUUUUGCUUUGGAGGGUUUUGUUUGGAAUUGCUAAUACUUUUAUUGGAUUGUCUGAAGGCAUGGCCAAGUAUGGCUUCCUUGCUCUUUCCUCCGCCAUUGUCGCCUUUGCUGGCUUGUAUCUUCGCUCAAGAUUUACCAUCAACCCUGAUAAGGUAUACAGAAUGGCAAUGAGAAGACUUAAUACAGAAGCUGGAAUUCUUGAGGUUAUGGGUGCUCCACUCUCGGGAACAGACUUGAGAGCAUAUGUGAUGUCAGGAGGUGGUAUUACUCUUAAGAACUUCAAGCCACGGUUUAGGGGCAAAAGAUGUUUUCUGAUUUUCCCAAUACGAGGUUCUGAGCGGAAAGGUUUAGUAAGUGUUGAAGUCAAGAAUAAGAAAGGCCAGUAUGAUAUGAAAUUAUUGGCAGUAGAUAUACCGAUGGCCUCAGGACCUGACGAACGUCUGUUCCUGAUUGGUGAUGAAGAGGAGUACAGGGUUGGUGGUGGUCUUAUUGCUGAGCUAAGAGAUCCUGUUGUUAAAGCAAUGGCAGCAACUAAGGAGUUUGAAGAUCGUGACGAUUUGGAGGAUGAAGAGGAUGCUGAAAGAGAACUUCAAGAAGCGGAGAGAAGGCACCAGGAAGAAAUUGAAAAGCUUGACAAAGGUGAUUCAAGAUAAUUAAGCUGAAGGUUUUUUGUAUCCAUUUGGUUUUACAUUGGAGUUGUUUACAAAGGCAGUGCACAGGAUAGAGAGCAUCCAAAGACUAACAAUGCUCUAACUGUUGCGUUUGCAAGUUCCCUUUACCUCUCAGUGAUUUAACAGAACUAUAUGGCAUGCACAGGCAGGAAAAAUAGAUAAUACACGCAGAAUUCUCUGUAAUGGUUCGUUGUUGGCAAAUAAGUAUGUUGUUCGAAGUAUCAAAUCCUUAAUGUAAUUGGUUCACGCUUUGUUUCAUCAUAUCCAGCCUUGUGGGCCUCCUGUUGGUAGAAAUAAAUGACUACUUUGUUUGA